AUGGUAGCUAUCGAAUUGGCAAUUCGCACCCUCAUUUCCACCGGUCGCUCUGGACUCAGAAUUCGAAUCUACUCAGACAACAAAGGAGUGGUCGGAGCUCUCCAUCGCAGCUGUUCACGCGGUCCUCAGCAAAACUUAAUUCUGCGGAAAAUUGUCGAGCUGAUGCAGAAGCACAACAUUUGGGUAGAACCCGAAUGGGUAUUGACUCAUGACAACAUCGCAGAUGCCCCGUCCCGAGCUCACUUUCCCCCGCGUGCACUC